UUAAACAUUUCAUAAUAAUUGUAUUGAUAUUGACUCUUAAUUUCCAAUUUUCCAAAAUGAACCAGAUGGAGAAAAAGAAUUUACCUAAGUAAUAAGCCUAUGGUUUAACAAUUUCAAUAACAUGGUAUAGUGUAUUUAAACAUUUACAUUUAUGAGUCUACCACAUUUAACAUUUCAUAAUAAUUGUAUUGAUAUAAUUGACUUUAAUUAAUAGCAGUGACGGAUCCAGGUGAUGGCAAAAAGGUGCGCUCCCCCUCCCCAACAGCAGCCGAAAAUUCACUGUCAAGUGUGAAAUCAUUUGGAUAUGAGAUUGAAAUUGGUAAAUCUACAAAGAUUACAAAGUGACUAUAACUCCCCUGGCCCUCGCACUAGGUAAAGGAGCACCCAUGCUCUAUGUGUCACAACUAAUCUCAGAUAUCAGCUCUGUGAAUGUUUCCACUGAACAGACUUUAACAGUGAACGCGGGCCCAAAAUUAACUACCGGUAUGUCGCCAAUUCGCGAGGGAGCCACACUGAAUGACAUUAAAACGAGACGUAAUUCCAAACAUGAUUCUGUCUUAUUAUGUUUGAAGGGUAUACCUAAUCUUCCUAUUCCUGACUAUUGUCCUUCCUUUAUUGCAAUGUAUUAACGAAUUGCAAUUAAAUUGAAUUUAGAAACGAUCGAGUUUUCAAGGAAUAUACACAAUAGCUAACGCGUCAUGAGACACAGUAUACACAGACAGGUAAUUAACGGCUCAUACUGAAUGAUGCGGGUAGAUCGGUUAAUAUGGAAAAAUAUUACCUCCAUAUUGUAUGCUCUAUCGCUGGAUAAGGUGACAGGUUUGCGGAUACACUAGAGACUGCUGUGCAAGUUAUCGGGUUUCUAACGGAGCGUGGCUCGUGGACACGCGUGUGACUGACAAACGACAGGCCGUCCAUUCACCCGUGUCCCACCGAAUUACGCGUGGUACGUCGUCUAGCCGUAUCACAUUGCGGUUGUUUCAUUUUAACGUCAGUUUCAUUCCAUAACUCGCAAGGGCUGACAACUCACAAAUCAAGAGAACAACCGUUGUUAGCUCAGUGGUUAUAGUUAAGCUCGGAUACCAUGUGUCUGAUAAAUAUCUGCCCGUCGGUACAUCGUUAAGCAUACGCGACUUUCGUUCUAUGCUGGGUGGUAUAACAAUAUACCAUUAAGACUGCGAAUAUCACUUAAGUCAGCCUACAAAUCAAAAUAUAUUCUCAUCUCUUGACGUCGGCAUCUGUUGUAUAUUAUAUGUGUUACACAGAUGAGCCAUACAGACUGGCCAAUAUGAUGAUUUCACUCCUUGUAUUAGCGUUUUAUAUCACUGUCUUUGUGCAGCCGACUCUUUCUUUGGAAUUCCACCCAAAAAAUGAGCUUCUCAUAGCCCCUGAUUUCUUUCUACCGGAAGAUUCCAUCCAUAACAGCGAGGUAACAGUGGUAUGGGGACGUCCAAGUGGUAUAGUAGAUGGAUAUUACCUAGUUUAUUAUGAUUGCACUACCCCUCACAUCAGAGUAACCGUCAACCUACAUAAGAACGCAACGAAAUACGUGAUUAUAAACUUGCAUCCUGAUACAACGUACAUGAUGUAUAUGCUAACGUAUUCUCAGAUAAAGCCAAGAUAUGAGUACUAUGAUAAAGAGUCUAAUACGACCUUAAAAAACUUCAAAAAGGAAGAACGAUACAGUAAAUCCUCAGAUAUGUUUCCGUUCAGGACACCUUUACGAGGUGCUAGAUCAACUACUACGACGGAAGAAGUCAUCAUUCUCAUCACCGUAUUUUUACUAUGGAUUCUAGUCAUCGCCUUAUUUUUUCGCCAAUGGGGAGUUAUUCGGGAUCUUCAACCGCGUUCGUCUGGUGGAAAAUAUCGGUGCGCUAACACUGAUAUCAGUCGGGAAAGCAGUAGACGGAGCGCGAAAAGUCCACGCGAAAGUGUGCGUGACCGCGAGAGCAUACGCGACCGUGACAGCAUCCGGCAGGAUAGUUUACGUGAACGAGAACCAUUUUUAGACCGAGUUAGCUUGAAGGAGAAGCAGGAUUUGAUUGCUGAGAUGAGUACAGAAAAGAAAACGAUCGUCGACACUGAAUUUUGUGUAGAUGUCCAUUAUGACUGUGAACAUCCAGAUAGUGAAGAACGAGAGCUUGAUAGUAAUGUUUGACCAGUAAGCUUACGUUAUAUCUGGACCAUUUUUAACUGUUAUCAGUUAUCGAUGAUGACGCAUUUGAAUGUCUGACUGUCAACAAUAGUCACAAUUAUAUGGCUAUUUCCUUAUGUUGACGAAAUUGUGAAUGGCUGGUUUGACGAAACAGCAAAUAAAAUGACACUUUGCUUGAGAUUUUGGAAAGAGGAAAUCAACAUAUUUGAGUUGACGAGCAUUUGAAACAAACACAGGAAACGUGUUUCGAUGUCGGUUGUGGCGUCAGCGCUAGUAUGCACUGCACAUGAAUCGUAUUCGUAAGUCUCCGUACCAAGGUAAAGGUUUGCCUACUGUUUCAGGUUGAAAGUGUUAUACGACGGUGUUAAAAACAUUUUCCGCCAGACAUAAAGAUCUCUGUCGAACGCGUCGUACUUUAGACGCUUGUUAAACUAUUUGCAUCAAUUUUCUGACUGCAGAGCAACAGCAGUUUAAAACGAUUUGACAAAAUUGUUACCAAAAUGCCUUCCAUUUUAUCUAGGCAGAAGAGGAAAGCCGGUUGAUUGUACAUCUAGUUUUGUAACAAUCUUUAUUUUCACUAUACAUAUCCAGAUUUCUGACAGAGUACGACUGCAUGUUUGUUAUAUGAUUAUAAAUUUGAUUUUUAAGGAAUUCAUUGUGAAUACAAAUUUAAAUUUGAUAUUAAUAGCCACGACACCAUACUAACUUAGUGUAAUCUAUUUACAUUACUCCAAGGAAACUUACAGUUACUAUUGCACAGCUGAACAGGAAACAAGCGUGAUGACGUAAUAACAAUGUACAUUUUUUAGGCGUCAAUAUGUCUUGUUCGUGUUUAUAAUUAAAUUAUCUGACUUGACUGCAUCUCAACGGUUAUUGCUUUACACAUCCCGGAGCCAAAAAAUAGAUGAAACUUUAGAUUGUUUUUGCAGACCUUAAACAUUUUAAAACACAUACGGUAAUCAAACAGUGGAAGUUUCUUCCAGGUUAAAGGAGAAUGAAUAUAGCCCUACCCAAGCUUGCCUUGGUAAAGAAAUGUACCUUAAACACAUGUAAUCGACAAAAGUUUAAGAAUUCUCGUAGAUGAUUAGAUGUUUGGUACCAUUUAGGUUGGGUUAAGGCGAUACUUUCAAACAUUGAAUGGAGCUUGGUUGGUGGCUUUAUGUAUAAUGUCUAAUGUCUAUGUGAAUAGUUAAAACCAAAAAUGUUAUCCAAAAAACUGAAGAAAAGAUGUGUAACAUAAUAUCAAAGAAAUUCAGUCACAAUUGCCACAGAUUAAGUCGUUAAUCUAAAGUUAUACUUACAUAUAAUGCGUCUUAUUUUGUUACCAAACAAUGAAAAUUGACUAAAAAAAUGCAGAUAAUAGACAAAAAUCGAUAGUUUCGUUUCAUCUUCAGCACAGGGAACAAGAUGUGAAGUGCGCCACCAACAUUGCAAGUGUGUUUUUUUCUACACAUAUUUUGCGUAAUGAUUGGCUUACUACCUUAGACAACCCUUGACCUUGCAGUAGGCUAAACUAAAGCUACCUGCAGAAAAAAAAAUUAACCGCUUCCCUCACAUGUGAUUGUUGACUGAAGUCGCGGACGAUUUGAUCGGUAGUAUAUAGUAGGCGUACAUGUUUUUGCUUGGUUCUUGAUAAUAAACAAUGUUUUAUAUAUAUGAUAAUAAUAAUGUACUAUGAAGACAAAUAAUAGGUUACGACCUAUACUAUGCUAAUAAUUGGCAGAUGUUUUAGGCCUAGUCCUAGCCUAAGUACUAUAAGACCCUGGCCUAGUAGUAAUAAGUAUGGCUAGGCCUCUAGCCUAGCAGCAGUUAGCCUACGGAACCCCAAGGCCUAAUAAAAUAAAUAUUGUUCAAACAAAUCUUUUAUGUAAAAUUUAGUGUCUGUUAUGGCCUUUGUCAA